GGAUUUCCAACCUGAAUGCACAGAGAGCAACACGAACUCCGGCACAGAAUUAAAGGAUAGUUAUGAAUCCUUCUCUGUCCAUGAAGAAAUGAGAGAUGUCUCCAAUGAACUUCCUGAAACACAUCAGUCUGCAUCCUCAGCUAAUGUACGCAGAUCCUCUCGUCUACAAAUGAAGCCUUCACCGAGUUGGCAUGAGAAAUUCAAGAGACGGUCGAGAGGAAUCAGCGAAGAACCGAAAAUGAGCAGAGCUGAUGUGUCAGUUGCCCCAUCUGUGAUAGCAGUCAAAGGAAUGGACAAAGGUGAUUCAGACGAGAUGACGUCCAUCAUCUUCACCUGCUCACAGUGUCCCUUCCAUAACUCCGAGGAAAACAGCCCUGCUCACUUCCACAUGCAGAGUGUUCGCACUGAAGUAUACAAGACUCUCUCUGGAGCUAAAUUCACACCGUCUCCUUCCAGUACAGACGAAAUUUUUACAUCCAUUAAACUUUUUCCUAAAGGAAACGCAGAGCAGGUCAAAACAGAACAGCCUCAUAAUCAGAACAUCAAAGACAGCACAGUUAAUGUUUCUCAGUCCCACAGCAGACAGAAGGCACUCACAUGUGAAACGUGCGGGAAGACGUUCACCCGUACGUCAGACGUCAGAAGACACCAGCUCACUCACACGGGGGAGAGACCGUUCCACUGCUCAAGGUGUGACCGCACCUUCCAGCACUCGUGGGAUCUGGCAAAGCACGAGAGCAAACAUCACAACGUGGCCAUCUCUUUUUCCUGCCACCUGUGCGGGAGCUCCUUCUCCAACCUGCGCGCGUUAACCGUCCACCACAAGAAGUCUCACUCGCAGGAGAGCCAGCUGCCUCAGAUCUGCUCCAUCUGCAGCCAGAGCUUCCCCUCUUCCGCUGAGCUGCUGGAGCACCGAAAAUCCCACGUCACCAGUAAACGUUACAUCUGCCAGCAGUGCGGCGAGGGCUUUGACACCCUGCUCGCACGCUCCCAACACCGGCAGAUGCAUCAGGUGAAACAUCAGUUCAAGUGUCCACAUUGCGAGAAGACGUACACUCGUAGGUCUGAUGUGAAAAGACACCUGUCCACCCACACUGGGGAGCGACCCUACCAGUGUAACCAGUGCAGCAAGCGGUUCUCGCUCCGCUUCAUGCUCAUGAAGCACCUGCGUGUUCACACAGGUGAGCGGCCUUUCCAGUGCUCCCACUGCCCCAAGAGGUUCACCCUGGUGUCGGUGCUGGCAAGACACGAGAGGAUGCACACGGGGGAGAAGCCGUUCCUCUGCUCCCAGUGCGGGAAGGGCUUUUUAUCGCAGGGUGAGCUCUCCAAACACCACAGGUCACAUGUGGACGACAGGCCAUACUCCUGCCCUCAAUGUGACAAACGCUUCAAGAGCAAGAAAACCCAGCAAGAACAUAUCGUCUCACACACCGGCGCCCGCCCGUACCCCUGCACCUACUGCGGGAAGGGCUUCACCAAACCGUACGCAUUGACCAGACACAACCUCAUCCACACGGGAGAGAGGCCGUUCCCCUGCGGCCACUGCGAGAAAUCGUUCCUGACCCUCAGCGAGGCUCAGCUGCACCAACGUAUCCACACGGGGGAAAGGCCGUAUCCCUGCAACGCGUGCGAGCUCAAGUUCAAGAGCUCCUCGGAGCUGGCGCGACACAAGCGCAGCCAUUCGGGGUUGAAGCCGCUGAAGCCACACUGUGAGCUGUGCAUGAAAACAUUCACAUCCAAGGCAAAAUUGAAGAAACACAUUGAGACACACAGGGAGGAAGGAGAAGCAGCACAGUCUUUGGACAUCAUACAGCCUGAAGAUCCCAAUAAUAGAAUAAAUAACUCAGUGGUUAAUUGAGUAAAAUAGUGACAAUGAAUGUUUAUAAAGGAUGCUUGAGUUUAGAUGUUUAGCGUCAUCACAUGUUUCAAGUUCUGAUUAUAAGAAAAUAUGAAUCAGGAGUCCACAACUACCUGACUUGACAUGAAGGUGUCACAUGACUUUACAUGUUCCCGUUUGGAGGGUUUGUUACUGUUACAACAUUUGCAGUAAAUUACUCGGAGAACUGACCUUUUAAUACACAUCAUUUUAACAUAUCUGUAUGUAUAUCUACAGUAUAUAUAUGUACAAUUCUCUCAUCUCCACUUUGCCUUCCUGUUGAAGCCAAAAACUACAAUCAUAUUUCAGUGAUAGUGAAUAGUCUGUUUUAAAUGACAAUCAUAGUUGGAAGAAAAUGAAAUGACAAUAGUUUGUUUUUUUUCACUCUGAAAUACUGUCUGUUCUUUCUCAGUUUUGUCACUGUAAUUUUGGUGCAUCUGGUGUGCACAGACACUUUAGAGACUCAAGGGCUACAAACAAAACAAGGGCACCUUCUCCGGUCUUUAGAAGCAGAGGAUCUGUACUGUAUCAUCCAGAAAGAAGAAAAUGUCUUAAGGCCAACAUUAGAUUGAAUACUGGAAAAUAUACGUAUAUUAAUGAGUGGUAUUAAUGAAUCAUGCAAUAAAUGCUACCUUUCUUUUG